AUGUCUGAUUCUGACCAUUCAGAACACAGUGACACAGAGACCCGUAAAUCCGCCGCUGCUAAUGGUGAUUCCGUCCAGCCCACACUCACCAAGCACCGAGGUUCCAAAACGGAGUUCCAUCCCGCCCUUGCCGUCUCCAAUAUUAGGAACCACAUUCCUAUUAUUCUUGAGAUGGAAAAAGAUCAAUAUGGAACAUGGGCUGAACUUUUCCGCAUUCAUGCUCGCUCACAUCGAGUCCUGCAUCACAUUGUCCCAUCUACAGGAACAACACCACCAGCCCCUACUGACAACGAAUAUGAACAAUGGACCACUCUUGAUGCCACCGUUCUACAAUGGAAUCGUUUGGAAGACAUUUUUCAGGAUAAUCAAAAUGCUCUUGCUGUUACUCUUGAGCAAGAGUUCUCCAGCACUCGCAUGGAGGAUUUUCCCAACGUCUCUGCUUACUGUCAGCGUCUUAAGAUGCUUUCUGACCAGUUGAGAAAUGUCGGCUCUCCUGUCAACAAUCAUCGUCUGGUUCUUCAACUGAUAUCGGGUCUUCCGGAAGCUUACCGUAGUGUUGCCACCUUGAUUCGCCAGAGUAAUCCUCUUCCUGCAUUCUAUCAGGCUCGCUCCAUGCUCACUUUGGAAGAAGCCGGUAUGGUUAAAAUGGCAAACACAGGCUCUCAUGCUGCCAUGCACACCAGUCAACCGAAACCUGCUGAAGACACUUCUCAACGUGGCAACCGCCGCCCCAGCAACCGUUCUCGUUCCCGUGGCAAUCAGGGUCGCGGAGGGGGACGUGGUAACCGCAGUUCACCUCAGUCUGGAGCUUCCAACGCGCCCUCACCUUGGUCCGCUCCUCCUUGGCAGCAGCAACAACAGUAUCCAUCCUGGCAACAAUGGGGUUGGACUCCACCACCAUGGGCUAUGCCUCCGUGUCCGUAUCCCACGUCUCAAUGGACACGUCCUACCGGUCCUCCUAAGCAGCCAGGCAUUCUAGGACAGCGUCCUCAGGUGUAUGCAGCCUCUACUUCAUCUCAGAUACCGACAGACAUUGAGACAACAAUGCACACCAUGUCACUUCACACUCCUGAUAAAUAGUGGUACAUGGAUACUGGCGCAACAUCUCACACGGCCGCAUCACAAGGUAAUCUCUCGUCUUAUUCUCCAGUAAGUAAUUCAAAUCAGAAAGUUAUUGUUGGCAGUGGCCAUGGAAUUCCAAUUCACGGCACCGGACACACACAAAUAACCGCAUCUCACCAACCCCUUCACCUUAACCAUGUCCUGCAUGCCCCGAAAAUUAUUAAAAAUUUAAUUUCUGUGAGACGACUCACUACUGACAACAAUGUUUCUGUUUCCUUUGGCCCUUUUGGUUUUACUGUCUCUGAUUUUCAGACGGGGAUCACCCUUCUCAGAUGUGACAGUCGUGGAGAUCUUUAUCCAGUUACCACUCCUUCCAGUUUUACCGGUCUCACAUCCGGUCUUUGGCAUAGCCGUCUUGGUCAUCCUGGCGUGUCUGUUUUGAAUUCACUUCGCAAAAAUAAGUUCAUAUAUUGUGAACCUUUUAAUUCUUCUGUUGUUUGCGACUCUUGUGUUUUAGGCAAACAUGUUAAAUUGCCAUUUUCUGAUUCUCAAACUACGACAUUGAUGCCUUUUGAUAUUUUACAUAGUGAUUUAUGGACGUCUCCAAUUUUAAGUUCUGCUGGUCAUAAAUAUUAUGUCUUAUUUUUAUAUGAUUUUACAAACUUCUUGUGGACUUUUCCUAUUAGCAGAAAAUCUCAUGUGUUUGAAACGUUCAAGUCACUUACUCAAAUCAUUCAAACUCAAUUUUUGCAAAAAGUCAAAACAUUUCAAUGUGACAAUGGCGGUGAAUAUAAUAAUGAGCUUUUUCACAAAUAUUGCACUGAUCAUGGCCUUGUUUUUCGUUUCUCUUGUCCACACACAUCCUCACAAAAUGGGAAAGCGGAACGAAAAAUAAGAACAAUUAAUAAUAUGAUACGCACUAUGCUAGCUCAUUCUUUUGUUCCCCCGUCAUUUUGGCAUCAUGCUCUUCACAUGGCAACUUAUAUGUUAAACAUACUUCCAUGUAAAACACUUCAAAAUCAGUCACCAACACAACUC